AUGAGCAACCGUGCAAGGCUGAAAGAACUUGGAAUUCCUGAUACAUACAAUGAACUUGUGAACGCAAAUUCCAUUCUUAAUAACAAGAAGAAGCCAACUUUUAGAAAUAGUGAAGAUUCAGAAUCUGAGUAUCUCCCUAGUGAAGAAGAUUUGGUUGAUGAUGACAGUGUUAAGGGCUCGAAGGGUAGUAACAUGAGGACUACAAACAUGCGUAGUGCUGGAAUCAUGCAGCGCUCUAAGAGAGUUUUUGCAGAGCAAGAAUCUAUUAGAAUUACAAGGUCAAAGAAAACCACUUCCCAACCUGAUGCAACUCUUUCACCAACUGAUAUCCAUGUGCCAUCUCCAACUCUAUCUCGUGUCAACCAAGCCUCAGAAGUGUUUGGCAACAUUGAUGGCCACACCCAAGCUAUAGUUGAAGCUGAUGGUCCUGCUCAGUUUGUUGAGAACACCGACAUUGCUAAUAGAGAUAUUGAGAGCACCCAAGUUGAUGACAGCAUGGCCAAUCGAGGUGAAGCUAUUACUGAGCCUAGUGUAGAUGUACAACUAGGUGAAAAUGAUAGAUGGGAAAGGGGAGUAAAUAUGGGACAUGGUCUCCAUAGGCUGAACCGAGCUAUGCGUGGAAAACUACCAGUUGUCAUUCCUGAGGGGAGGAUAAGGCCUGUGGCACCUCUUGCUGCUGCUAAGUUUGCAACUGAAUGCAACAUUGCAGUCAGGAACCAUGUGCCGGUGUACAAGCAUUGGAAGGAUUACAAGGACCAGGCUAGCCUCUUUAACCUAUUUACAGAUAAACUUAGUGCAAAGUUUGAUAUCAACACAAAUGAUGAACCAGUCAAAAAGGCUUGUUCCCAAAUGAUGAAAAUUGCAGUUCGGCAACAACGAUACAAACUUAAAAAAAAAUACUUUGAUCCUUUUCCACUUCAUUUGGUGACAAAAACGUCGCCAAUCAGAUCGAUGACAGAUAAACAGUGGAAUGACCUUGUGGAAUAUUGGAAGAGCCCAAAAAAGAUGGAGAUAUCUCAAAAGAACAAAGACAACCGCUCCAAAGUUAAAUUUCAUCAAACAACUGGAUCUCGUAGCUAUAUGGUUCAUGUAGAAAAUUUGGAAGAUAAGGACAACGGUCAAAAGUUUGAUGCAUUAGAUUUGUUUAAAGAGUGUCACUACAGCAGAAAGAAGAAAUGCUACACACCUAACGUGCAACAAGCUAUAACUCAGAUGGAAAACAAGUGCUCUACACUAACAGAAGGUGAAGAAUCUAUGUCUGUUACAGAAGUUGUAGCUAAUGUGCUUGCUGAAAAUACAAAGAAGAAUGUGUUCCUUCAAAAUGUGGGGAUACAAAAUGUUGGUUGUAGGUCCAGUUUAAGAAAUAUUGAAGCACAACUAGAAGUGGAGAAGAGGGCAAAUAGUGAUCUUAGAUCUGUUGUUACUGCUCAGCGUGAACAAUUGGAUGUGCUGUUGAAGCAAAUGCAAGAAACCGAAGAAUCUAGGAUCAGGGAGCAAGAGGAGGUGAAGAAGAGGCAAGCUGAGAUGGAAGCAAAGCUUCAACUUCUGCUGAGUCAGGUUCAUCCAAGUUAG